UCACUCGCUCAACUAGUGUCUCCGUGUUACCCGACGAGACGUGAACGCAGCAUCUGGCCAGGGGCGGGUAGGCGCUAACCGUGCAGUAUGGCGGACGAUGGAGACAGUUCGAGCGGACCAGUGGACACAAGCGGCGGGCAGGGGGCAGCGGAUGAGUCGGACGGGCUCGGCCUCGGCGGGAUGUUGCUGAAUAUCAGUAUUUUGGUGCUGGUGGUGGCCGUGUGUCUGGCGGUGUACCGGCGGUGGGGCAGGCGGCUCGUCUCUGACGCGGCCGAGGGCGACGAGGCCUCGGCGCUUCCCAAGAUGAGGAGACGGGACUUCACUUUGGAGCAGCUCCGGGAGUACGACGGACUCCAGAACCCCCGCAUCCUGAUGGCAGUCAACAUGAAAGUUUUCGACGUGACCAGCGGCAAAAAGUUUUACGGGAAAAGUGAGUGCGUGGAGGGGGGGAUCCGUGACAGUUGUGUGACCCGUGUCCGUUUGUGGUGAGCUGUCCCGAACCUCAAAUUUGGGCGCUAACGUCUGUGUCUGUUAGCUUAGCUAGCUCCUCCGCUUUGUCUGUGUUUUUGAAUGGGAUGCUACCUGUUAGCUUGGUACGAGCGCGACGGUUCAGGGGUGUGACUCAUGUGGUGAUAACCCUCUCCUGGUCAAACUUUAUUUAUUCUAUUAAUAGUGAACAGGUGAAACUUUUCCGCUUAAGUUCUUCGGGUAAAACCGGAGCGCAGAUUUUAACGAGCUAACAUGCUAACGUUAGCCUGCUAGCUUGUUGACGUGCACAUUAGACAGUCUGGUUGUCUGGGUUUGGACCCGCCGCUUGUUUACAUUGAUGAGACUCAACAUGCGUGAAUAUCGGGAAGUUUUUCUCAUGGUUUCACUUUUUAAAGACAUUAAUUAAGUUUAAACGUCCAAGAAAGACCUCUUUGCGAAAUUAAAAUGCGUAAAAUAAAAGGCUUAAGUGGAAAUAUUAGUUUAAGAUAAUUAAGCGGUCGAUUAUUCGGACGGUUAACGGUCAAAUCUGAACCAAUUGUACUCAGCUCAUACCUACUCAGGAAGCUGUCUACUAUUGAUCUAACGCCAUAUCUGGCUUAAUAAAAACUCUGUUAUAAUAUAGUAUAGUGAGUGAGUAUGAAUAUCGGGAAGUUUGCCUCAUGGUUUCACUUUUAAAGACAUUAAUUGAGUUAAAACGUCCAAACAGGACCACUUUAUAAAAUUAAAAUGCUUAAAAUAAAAGGCUAAAGUUGAAAUAUUAUUUACAGAUAGUUAGUCGGUGGAUUAUUUGGAUGGUUAACGGAAGGCCUGGGCGAUUUGGCAAAAAAAUGAUCACAAUAUAUUUUGUCAUAUCGUUUGAUCUCGAUUAUUAUCAUGAUUUUUUUUUACUGCCUGUUUUAAAGCAUCUGUACUAAAAACUAAAGAAACUAGAGAUUAUUUUUUUACAUUUUAUCAACCUACAAAGUAAAUAACAAAGAAAAAGAUAAACUUAGAAAAAUAUAAAAAACAUUUAAACUCAACAGAACAACAAAUGUAGUUAAAUACUAAAUAAUACAGUGAACUAGUUUACAGUCCUGAGUGUUUUAGCAGGUAUGUAAGACCCAAAAUAAACAAAUGGCCCCCUCAGAGAUAAUGAAGACGCCUUUAAAUGUAAACAUUAGAUGAUGUAAACGUAGAUGAUACGAUUGAUUGCUUUGGUCUGGUGGCUGCACCGCUAGUUGUGGCUAAACUGCUAAUGCUACUUGUACCCUCAGCAAUGACAGGCUGUACAGACUCCGCUCGCAUUUUUAUGCUUUUCGCAGAAUCACUCGAGACGUACUUCUUCAAAUGAUUGAACAGAUUGGUUGUGUAGCUGGUUUUUGAGGGCACCGACCACUGACAUACCUCACACAUCGGCUUAAUUACUCAACGUCACUUUGGAGAUACCCGAACCACCGCCACACAACCGACGUUGAACAACUUCUCAACAAUAACAUCUUAGGAGGAUGACUCAAAGUCAUCCUCACGUUCGGUCAUUCACAGCUGACAACUAUCUUGCUGCCCUUAGCUCCGCGUUUAGCUCCACGUUCGAUCAUUCUGUUUACUUCUCCGGUAACUUACAGAAGUGAGCAGGAAAAGCUCGAUUCUGAUUGGUUGUUGUGACGCACAUUUCUGCUAUGUUUGAUCGAGUAAAUAUGCUCACAGCUGAUCAAAGUGAUCGAACUGAAAUUUAUCACGAUCAUGUUAUCGCCCAGUCCUACGGUCAGAUCAAUAGAUCGCCAAAAGGGUAAACUUUUGAAAACUUUUUAUCCCGCAGAGAUACACGGUUUGGUUCCUGAGAAACAAUCAAGCGGAGUUCGAAGUGUUAAGAACUGUAGGUCGGCCAUCUAAGUGACCUGCUCCCUUAUUCUUAUUGGUAUCGGUCAUUUAUUAAUCUGUAUUAGUCAACCACUUGUCUAGACCUCUUUGGACCAGUUCAGACCAGGUAGAGGUGUUUUGAAAUAUUUGGCAUCAGCUUCUACUUUUGCUGACUAGUCCACAAAACCAUCUGGACACACUGCAGGCAGUUAUGAUAGUGUCCCACCAAGGUAAUAAGACACUAUUGUUAAUGCAUUCUUACAAAUAGAUUAAAUGAUAAUCAAAUCUGAAGAUCUGUCAUUCAAAGUGUUUAUAAACUCAAGUCUUGGUACUGUGGUUCUGACUCAGAAGCUUGUCCAAAAAAAACUGUAAAAUUGUCCGCUUUUGCGUUUUCAUACAUAAAACAAACAAAUCUUGAAUCGUGUUUCAUGAACUCUUCAGAUCCACUUAAACAUCUGAUCCAGAUCUGACAAAUCUGGGCAUUGUCGUUUCAGAUCAGGGUUUGGUUUUUCUCACUUUACAUGUAACACACUAUGGGGGGUUGGGAAUAAGAUGUUAUUUACAAUGAUGGGACUCACCAACCAUGAACGCUGGGAGGUUUACCUCGUGGUUUUAGUUUGUGAAGAUGUUAAUUUGAUCUAAUUUCUCCAUAUUUGAUUAAGCCAGUCCAAGUAGGGCCUCCUUAUAAAAUUAAAAAGCUAAAUAAAACUCAGGGGAAGAGAGUAGGAUAUAAAAACAGAUCUGACGGGAAGGCUGUUGAAGUCGUCUUAGACCCGUACCUGGUCAUACAGAGCUGUUUGUUGAGAUGGAUGAGGGCCUGACUGUGGAAAAAGUUGGUUAGAAAACUUUCACCACAUUGGAAUAGUCAGCUUUACCGGUUCGACAGUAAAUAUAUGCAAAUAUCUGCUCUUCACUCUGUUAGUGUCUGCCCCAUAUUUACUCCAUUUCCUUACUCAAAUAUGACAUUUUUCAGCCUGAUACCUCUUUUCAUGUAUUUCUGCUCAACUAUUCUUGCUCAGCGAUUUCUCCAACCUAGUGAACUCACCCAUCCACUCUGUAAUCUGCUAUAAUUAUUCCCACACAGUCUCGUAUGUCACGUCUGCCAUUCCUGUUUUACUCCGCCAAGAGAGCCGGAGCCAAGACCCAGAAUCUAUCCAGCUCGCUAAAUUAUGACACACAUUUAAGAGCCCUGGGGGGGCGGCUUUGGCUGGGCCGGGCUGGAUCUUAAAUUGUGUAGUCGCCAAGACAAUACACUUGCGAGUCUGUAUGUAAACAAAAAUGAUGGAAAUGUGGUUUAUGACAUAUUUGUAAUACCUUUAACUCUGUUAUUUUCGCAUUCUUGACGACCAUAAACCUCAAGCUCACCCAAACUCUCUACAACCAAGCUGUCAUUUUCAGCUGCACUGUGUCAUUUCUUCACGAGUCACAUUAACGAACUCAGAUUCAAUAAGUCUCUAAUAAUAGACUGACUUUGACGUGAAUAAAACAACUGUAUGUGUGCUGCUGCUGCUGCUGGAGUGUCGGAGAUUUGCAUGAAGUGCCUUCAGCAGUUUUAUCUUGGAAAGGUUUGAUCUUGUAGUUAUGCAAGGUGGAGGCACAUCUAAUCUACGAGGCGAUAAGACUCCUCGGCUUCGCGGUCGUCAGUUUGGACCGAGUGAUUUUUUUUUUCUUCUUUCUUUCUGUUGCACAAUUCUGAAAAGGAAAACCUGAAGCCGAGCGUUCACAUGCUGAUCAGAUGAUGUUCCUCCUGCAAGAUGACUUCACAUAAAAAAAGGAGAAAAGCCUGAAUGUUUGUUUGGAGGUUUUUACGAGCAGUUUUUACUCCUGGUGCCACAUUAGGAGAGCUCUCAGUAAUAAACUCACACUGAACUGUAAUCAGGGGGCAUUUUAACCCCACUGUGACGUCUUAUUCGUGGAAGUUUGAGCAGGAAAAACAAACAGGGCCGAGCAGCACUGGACCCAAACACGGAUCAGAGUUUUUCAGAGUGAACGCUUAACUCCAGAUGAGUAAGGACAUCAAUAUUUAACUUUCUCUGCAGCGUCACACUUCCUGUUAUCUCUCUGACCAAUAUGGGGCACAGCUCUGAUACCAGGUUAGCUUGUGUUGAUCAAAUAAACAAAUCUAAUAACACAAAAAGUAGGACAUUUUUAGGACCUACCAAAAGGAAGACCACAAGAACCAAAACAGAAAACAAACUUUAACCUCUGUAACCACCACAAAGAAGUUGGUGUCAGAGCAGAUAAGUGACAGAAGCACGCUGAAGAAGAAGAAGGUGGUUUUCAGGAUUUCACUUUUUUUCUUGUCUUUGAUAGAGAAGAAGGAGAUGACCAAAGUCUUUUUUUUCUUUUGGGAUUUUACGGUUUUCAUCAGACGGAGUAGGAAUCUAAGUUCGGCCGCCCUCUUGUAUGUUGAGCGUAGGAUUUCACAGCUGAGUUAAAGCAGCGCCUCUGAAGUGUUUUCUGUGCUUUAGAUUCAGUGUUACUUUAUUAAUAUUUAGAUCCGAGGAGUCAUAAUGAGGAUUUAAUUAUCUGGCAGGUAAAAGUUUUUAUAACUGACUGAAGAAAACUGCGGCUUGAAAGUUGAGACUCCGCAGACAUUAAAAAACAAACCUUAAAUUUCUAGUUCUGAAGCAAACAUUUUUUUAUGUCAUAAUAAAGAAAAAAAUAUCUUUUUAUAAAAUGAAUUGCAAAACCAAAACACUAUGAAACGCUCUGAUAAAUAAUCAAUAAACAUCAAUAUUCUCUUUGUCCCUCUUUGGCAGAUUUAUUUGCAGCAACUUCAGGAAUAAUAAAGUGCAUUUUAUACAGUCAGAUAAUAAAUGUAAACAAAUACAAGUGCGGAAUAUUAUUUUAUGGCGUUGGAGAAAGCGCUCCGUUUCGAGUGUCGCUGGAGCUGCUCGCUGUCGCUCAUCAUACGCUGUGUUUUUUUACUCCAUUAAAAAUGUGCCAUCUGCUCUACAGCCGCCUUUCCAUCUAGGAUCCUCCUCUCACACACCAGAUCGCACACGCAACCAGGCGACGCCAAACCUUUCCGCAUUCGGCUGUGAGUUCCCGUUCCCGUCUAUCUGACCAAUUUAUCUAGUGGCCAGGAUGAAAACUACUACAUGUAAAAUAUAAUAUUCUGCACCUCGCCUUGUAUUCCGCGGACUACUUUAAUUUUAAUUUUCACAGAGGACUUUGAAAUCUACGAUAAUUUCCGCGAUCAGGGAAUCGAGGAUUCCUGGAGGCUCUAAUUACUGAGAUGAUCAGUCGGUCUUCCUGUGGGCGUGAAGAGCAGUAACCUACAGUAUAUCUACAGGAUAUAUUUGUUUUUUAUAACUUCAUAAAAAAAAUUAAAAAUCAGCCAAUUAAUCGGUAAUCAGAUUUUUUCCCCCUGAUAAUCGGCAUUGGCAUCGGCCCCAAAAAAUCCAUAUUGGUCAGGCCUUAGUUAUAGCACUGUAUAACUAUAAACACUCAUUAAUGAUCAUAAUGCUUUAUAGUAAUAAUCAAAACACAUUAUAAAGCAUUUUAUCAUGACUUACAAGGUCAGGUAUUAUAAUGUGUUUUAACUGUUAACAACUCACUGACGAUGCCCACAUAGAUAAUGCAUUAUACAUAUAUUUAUAAUGUGUUAUAAACUUGUAUAACUAUCAUUAUAAACACUCAUUAAUUAACUGAAGGCUUGAUAACAGUAAUUAUAAACAUUAUUAUACCUGACCCUGUAAGUCAUGAUAAAAUGCUUAAUAAUUGUGUUUUUAACUUUACUGAUACAGUACUAUAACUUGAAUAUAACACAUAAGUAUAUUUUUAGUGCUUUAUAGAGAUAGAAGUCAAGUCAAGUGUGACCAAAACUUGUCAACAAACUUUUCUAGUUUCCUCUCAUUCAGUUUUUUAUCAUCCUCUCUGCUUCAGUUCAGUUUCCUGCUCUUGUAAAACUCAGUCGGUCUCAGCUGUAGUUUAGGGGAUGAUGAUGAUGAUGAAGAGGAGGAGGAGUGCGCCUCUCUGUGAACUCUCUGUAUCUGUGUCACAUUCAUGUGGUUGAUUCUCUGGCACCUCUUCAUGUGAAGCAGCAGCAGGAGUCACAUGACGUGAGUCAGUUAUCUGCAUGGGUGAACUUCCUUCACAGUUUUUAGUGUUUAAAUUCUUGUUAAAUCCGUUUGCUGCAGUCAGAGAGUCGAACCACACGAGGCCAAACACUGACUCCUGUGUCCUUCAAAAACCACUAAACUAAACUCACCCCACUCUUGAUUUAGCCUGACUCCUGUGGUUCUCUUCUCACUCCUCAGACGGUCCUUACGGCAUUUUCGCGGGUCGGGAUGCUUCGAGAGGCCUGGCCACCUUCUGCCUGGAUGAAAACGCCCUGAAGGAUGAGUACGACGACUUGUCAGACCUCAACGCCGUGCAGAUGGAGAGCGUGAGGGAGUGGGAGAUGCAGUUCAUGGGUAAGAGAAAAUCGAUUUGACUCAGAUUUCACGGACACGGCCGGCAUGUUCAGAGCAUCUCCUGCUUCAUCUCUGCAGAGUCCCAUCUAAACAUCUGCAGUUUGAUGUAAAUAUAGUUCAAAAGUAAAGAUCCAGCAUCUGUAAUUAAGGCUUUUAUAAACGAUAAUCAGUUUAUUAUGCAUUCUGGGGAAAGAUUGUCUUCACUUUUAAAACAAAUACAUCUAAUCAGUGUGAAGAUUCCACUUAUUCCCUUAAUUCCAUCACAGCAACAAGUGAGUAAAUUAGGAGAGAUGAGUCUGAGUUUUUGUAUCAUAUCUGGAGGUUUUUAGAAAACCGUCUGUUUCUGUGACGUCAAACAUUUCCAGAGCACUUCCCUUUAAGUGAUUCAAGAUGAGCUGCUGUCCUUUCGUCACUCUACCCGUUGUCAGUCAAAUAUUUGCACUUUUUUUAUUCAUUUUAACUCGUGAAACACACAGAGCAGAGCAAGAGAAACGGCUCUGUAGUUGUUUUUUAUUUUAAACCAACAGACCGACAAAAACUCUGAGUUCCUCCAGUUUAACCCAAAAACCUGUUUCCUCAGAUGCUGCGUUUGUUUGUUGCCUCUCAGCUCGUGUUUAGGUCAGGACCCUCUCAACAGGUGUGUUUAACCUUAACAGCAUCUGUGUUAUAAGAGGAACAUAGAAUGAAAGAUAAACUCCUGAGUCUGUUACCUGCUGCUCAGCUCACGGCCUCCCUGAGACUCCCUGAGUUUGCCUCUGCGUUUGUUUGUUGCCUCUCAGCUCGUGUUUAGGUCAGGAUCCUCUCAACAGGUGUGUUUAACCUUAACAGCAUCUGUGUUAUAAGAGGAACAUAGAAUGAAAGAUAAACUCCUGAGUCUGUUACCUGCUGCUCAGCUCACGGCCUCCCUGAGACUCCCUGAGUUUGCCUCUGCGUUUGUUUGUUGCCUCUCAGCUCGUGUUUAGGUCAGGAUCCUCUCAACAGGUGUGUUUAACCUUAACAGCAUCUGUGUUAUAGGUAGAAGAUAAACUCCUGAGUCUGUUACCUGCAGCUCAGCUCACAGCCUCCCUGAGACCUGUUGAGGAGCUCUGAAGAAACAGUUUGCUUCGGUGUUUGUUUCUGUGAAUCGUUGGUCUGUUUGUUUUUUUGAACCGAGGAGAAUUCAGCUGCAGUACAACAGAAAGUAUAAAAAACAAACUGUAACUGAUGGAUUCGGGUCUUUUUCUUAUCAAACAAACUUCUCCUUCACUUAUCUGAUCGCCACAGAAAUCUCUGAAAUGUGCAGCUGAACCAAACUCAGGAAUGAGCCGCAAUGAAGUCGGACUAAAAAUACCCUCUGCGGCCACAUCUGCAGGAGAACAGUUAGAGCAGGAAACUCUGAGACGCCUCUUUUUAGACACUUUUACAUGAGUUGCAUAAAUCUAACAGGAGCGAAAAAUCCUGUUACGGGCUGUUCUUAAAAUACAGGAGCUCAAAGCUGCUAUUUCCUAUCAAGACGAAGAGUCCUUUUUUUAAAGUGCUGGAUGUCUAAUUUUGGACUGAAUCCUUUCUCAGUAAUGCCGGGCCUCUGCUUACAUAAAUAACAAGCUUCUGGAGGCUCACACAGCAGGUCCGCUCCGUACAAAUAACACACUUAGAGCUGGACCGAUCUGAGCGAACAGCUUUGGAGAGGUUGGCGACCCCCAAACAUCGACUGAUUAAUUCAAGGAAAGAGAUGUGAGUGAAUCACUCACGGCGUGACGUUUGCCACGCGGGCAAAACUUCAGGGUAAAAAUGUGACUGUUCAGAUGUCAUCCCGUCUGAAACAGAGGAGUAAAAUCACUGUUUUUUUUACUGUGUCAUGAGUUAGGAAGGAUAUCAGCUGAAAAGAGUGACGAAUACUCAGAGUGACGAAAUCAAAUCUCCACUCAGGAUCUGUCUGAGUUUUUCCUCUAAUUUGUCACCAUGUGCUUUUUCAACUCGACUUUUUAUACAAAUCAAAACCCAAGAAAACAUUUGACACAUUCAUCGUUUAAGAACAUGAUUUUUGUGCAACAGAGCAAAGUUUGUUUUGAAAUUUUGCUUUAAAAAAAAAAACUUGUGUGAUCUUUUAUUUUACUAAAAGUUGCUUUUUUUAAUCACAGUGGAAACUUUCGAGCGAUAGUGCUUCAUAGUGAAACCUGAUCGUGCUGUGGGUGCGACAAAGUGAUGCAAGAAAACAGACCCAGAAGGAAAUCAAAACACAGACGCAGAUCAGCUCACUCGAACCCUCUUAUUUGAUGUAGAGCUCUAAACAUCAGACACUCACUGACCAAUCAGGACGUCAGGAGCUGGGGGCGGGACAUACAGAGGUGUAUAAAGAGGGGAAAGCUGCAGGUGUGUGUGUGUGUGUGUGUGUGUGUGUGUGUGUGUGUGUGUGUGUGUGUGUGUGUGUGUGUGUGUGUGCGUGUGUGUGUGUGUGAUGAACACACACUGAAAAAAGCAGCAGUAUUGUGUUUGUCUCUUGUAUCAGGUUAACGGUCAUCAUGUCUGAUAGUUUGUUAUCCAGAGUGUCGGAGUUAAACUUAAACAACCUCAGAUAAUGACUGUGAGGUUUCUGACUGAACGUUAUCAUAUAUGAGGAUAAUAAAAGGUGAAAGCAGAGUCUGGACCGGACAGCAGGGAGAUAAAAAAACAUCCAGAUCAUGUUUUUUCUUUUACCAGACAAAUUUACACUAGAAUUUAACUCCUGGGCUGUAAAUAAAUCUGCUUAAAGUUUAUUUAUGGUCUGCGUUAGCUGAAUGAAAACUAUUUUUCCCCUGUAGGUCGUUAGCAGAAUAGUAUGACGGAGUAUUAGGGCCACAUUAAGAGAAAAGAAUAUAAGACUUUGAGAUUAAAGUUGUUAAUUAACGAGAAUAAAGUCGUAAUAAUAUCAUUAUGAUACUCAUGAUAAUGUAGUGCUUAGGCCCGGAUACCGAUUAUACCAGGAAAAAUCGGAUUACUGACUAAUCGGCCAAUUUCUUAAAAUUUUUAUUGAGUUAUAAAAAAUAUAUAUAUGUACUGUAGAUAUACUGUAGGCUGCUGCUCUUCACAUCGACAGGAAGACUGACAGAUAAAACUCGGACCACAAAAGCAUUUUUAACUACACCCCCUAGUGGAUGAAGAUUGUCAUGAGGUCGCUGCGCCAUCUACAGGAUAAGUCAGGGAACUUUUCAAAUGGCGGAACGCUUUCAGAGUGAAACCGAAUCUUAUUCUCCGCAUUUUAUUUCUAAAAAUAUCGGUAAAAAUCGGCGAGUUUUGGCCGACUAAUGAUCAGUCUCAGAGGGGCUAAGAUUGGCCGAUUUAAUCGCCUCGCCGAUAAAUCGGUCGGGCCCUAGUACACACACCAUGAUACAGUAAGAUUUAAAGUUAGCAUUCAUGAGCCCGACCUGCUCAGUUUCAAACAUGCAGACUGCAGGAGAGGGUGUGAUUGUGUGGAGGUUGUUAGUCUUUGAUCGCACACUAAUUGAACUUUUAAGUUGUAAAGUUUUCAAAAGUCUGACCAGAGGGGGGCGCUCUUUUUAACGUGAUCCUUUCUUCUCGUCCUUUCAGAAAAAUACGAUUACGUGGGGAGGUUGCUGAAGCCGGGAGACGAGCCUUCGGAGUACACAGACGAAGAGGACAUCAAGGACCACCUGAAACACGAUUGAGCGGUUCCAUCACUCCGACCAAAGCCAGGAGCCCAAAACAGCUGCGACAGACCGCCCCACCCCCCCCAGACCUCCUGCCGCACAUUUACUCUGCCCCUCUCCCACCCCCCCAAACUCUUCAAACAUCCCCCUGAAUCUGUCUGCUGCCGCGGCCGUCCUGGACAGGGCAGGACUCGAGUCUCAACGCCCAGACCUCCCUCCCUUCUCCAUCCUGCGAAGAUUACCACGACGACGACGAGGGCGUUUCAACGGCGAAACAAACGUGUCUGGGGGUGGAGAAGAGACGUCGUGCCAUUAGGUGUAAUUGAAACGAAACCACAAAAUAUUUUAGUCAUUUCUCCACGGGCGGGGGAGGGGGGAUAGUGUGGUGAUGGCCGCCGAGCGCUGUGUGGAGGUUGGUCAGAAGUAGAAACUCGCUGGUCAAAGACGAUCAGCGGAAUCGGGACGGGUAAACGGAUUUCUCUCUUUUUAUCGUUGGUUUAGUCACAAACUGCUUCAGCUUUCGGACAGCUCGUCAAUCAGUCGUUUGUUUCUCUGUUCAAAUCAUUUCCCACCCCCCCCUCCUCGUUCGGAGGGCAGCGCUGCCGCCUCAGCAGUGCUGUGGAAAUUUGCGGGGCGUCGCAUUUUCCUGUUGUGUUUGUAGUGUAUGCACUACUAGUUUUCUUUGUUUGUCACCAUGUGAUUGUAAUUGUCGAGUAGCAUAGAGGGAGGGAGAGCGGGAGGGAAGGUUGUUUUGUUUUUUUUGUUUUUCUUUCUUUUUCUUUUCGGGUCGGGGGGUUUGAAGGUCCUUUGCCAUAAAUCCUGUUUCGAAUCACAUCAGACGGACUGAAUCACUGAUCGGGAAUACAAAAGGGAAGGUGAUAAGGCAGUCCUAAUCAAUCCACUUCAAUUGUUUACAUGCCUCACAAGCCAGCUGCAAGUCUGUAGAUUCCCCUGAAAAAAUGGUCCAAGUAUUAAUUGUGCCUUAUUUCGUUUGUCGUGUCAGUCCUGACCGUUCUAACAGAGGAGGCGAGAAGGAAGGAAGGAAAGGAGGAAAGGAAGAAAGGAGGUGACGUUUUUUUCCUAGACUCGGUCCCCCAGACUUUAAAGAAGGCAUCCAUACGUACGUACGUUCUGUCAGUCGUCCACGCACAGACUGUACGAUCUCCCCACUAUUUCACAAACUCUGUAAAUAGUCCGUAUGAAUUACUCAGUGUUACUGCCAUAUUUAUGUAGUUGAUGAACUCCAUAUAUGUAUAAUGCUAUGUCGUAUUGGCCAAAACCCCCAUGUUUUUUUUUUAUUUUGUUUUUUUUCUUCCUUUCAGUUCCGACCUUCUUUUUAAACGUGGGUGAAUUUCCAAAAAAAGAGAAAACAGAAAGGGGGAGCGUUGCAAAGUGCUGCAGGGCGGGACCGGGAGCUGUUCUUGCGAAUCUUUUUGUUCGGAGACAUUGCUUAUCCUGUAAAUAUAUCUAUCAUUUUAUUAAAGCAUGUGCAACAAACAAAGUGAGCUAUGCCGAAUUUCCCACCACGUCAUGUAUUUAAAUGUUGGGUGUGUGUGUGUGCGUGUCUGCGUGACAGAGGCAGGAAGGGAUUUGUUCAUGCAUAAUAAAUUGAUUUGGUUAAUAAUUGAAGA